GCUAUCGAGUCCCUUGAAUGUACUCGGUGUUGUGUUGGCCCCUGCUCAAUCUUCUAGUGCGUUUGCGCUGGCGAAGCUCCAGAUAAGGAGCUUGUAGUGCGCUGGAGCCGGCGAAACGUCUGAUGAGGAAGCACUACGGGUACAUGCGUGCUGGCAGGCAGCCUCGAUGAUCGGCGAGAGAUCGCUGGCUGGUAGUUCGCAAAAGAGGGCGAGGAAGAAAGGAGAGGACUUUGUCCAGUCGUCGUGGGGCUCGUUACAUUACGCCUGAUUGUUGGGUCGAGAAUCACGUGGCCAAGUAGGGAUCCAGACAGACAUCAAGGUUAGUCAAGGACGGGAUCAGACUGCUCCGCAUGUGGAAAUAAGGCAGUCAUAGUCACAGGAACGGGGGCUUCCUGUCUUGUUUUGGGGUCCUGUAUAAGGGGUUAAGCAGGAUGUCUACUGUCUUCGCAAGCAUGAAUUGCCUCCAUUGUCAGAGUAACAUCGUCUCGAUAAAGUUCAACAACAGAUGUCAGAGUGGGCACUCUUUGGCAGUUACCAAGUAUUGCUGCAGUCACGACUCCAGAUUAUUGUCUUCGACACUUGUGGCAACGAAGAGCAGAGACAGGCAGUGGGCACGGCGAUUGGACAAACAGUCUCGUUUUCAUCGGGAGAGCAACAAUCGUGGGUGCAGGCUCCUUGCUGCACCUGUUGCUGCGUCCGGUAGCCCAGAGGAUGGCAAAAGUGGAAGCUCUUCUUGGGACAUAGGCAGAUUUGCAAAAACUGUGCUCUUCUUCAACAGCCCACCCUCCAUCAAUGAGGCGGUUUCGGCUUUGGUCAAAGCAAUUACUUCCAUUUUUCAACCGAAAGAUAUGGGAACAACAGGCGGUGCUGUUGAGGACAGGAAAAGGGACGGGUUGGUUAUGGUGGUUGGGGCAACAGGCGGUUUGGGAAGACGGGUUGUUCAGGCUCUGAAGAAGAAAGGCAUCCCUGUCCGAGCCUUGGUACGCGACAGGGAGAAAGCGGUGGAAAUACUGGGAAAUGACGUGGGACUGAUCAAAGGAAACACUCCAGAGGCAGUGGAUUACCGUGGGAUGGUCAAUUUGCUGGAUGCAGUUGGCUCAAAGCUAGGAUUACGGAAUGGCCUGCCACUCCUCACAAUCUCAGAGAAGGGCAUACCGUCAGGUCCGGCAUGGGGCGCUCUUGACGACGUUGUUAUGGGCGGUGUGAGCAAGAGCAAUUUCCAAAUCGACAUGACUGGGGGAGAAAAUGGCCAGCCAGUGGCCCUCUUCAAGGGUGAGGUUGUUUUGGACGAUGAGGUGAAGAGAAGUGCUGACCUCAAAUUUCAAAAUUUUGAAACUCUGCCGUGCUUGCAGAACUUUGAGCCUGUACUGGAUCUAUCGGCGUACGAGGGAAUCAUGAUUCGCCUAAAGGGAAAUGGAAAACGGUUUAAGUUUGUCAUCCGGACAGAUUCUGCCUGGGAUACAGUUUCUUAUCCCCAGAGCUUUGAUACACAACCUGGCGUCUGGCAAACUAUUGUUUACAGCAAGUUUGAGUACGAUGGAGCGCUCAAUCCGGCUUUCGAACCAGGGCCAUUUGAAAUUGCGUUGGAAAGCAUCCAAGCUUACCUAAAACAGCCAGUGACAUCAAGGUUUGUGCAUGUCGGUUCUUGUGGUGUGACAAGGCCGGGUCGCCCGGAUCUGGAGCCUGAGAAAGUUAUUCCAGCACUUCGGCUUAACGAAGCACUUGGAGGACUCUUGACGUACAAACUGAAGGGGGAAGAUGCAGUUCGAGCUAGCGGUAUUCCGUACACAAUAGUUCGACCUGUAGCCUUGACGAAUGAGCCCGGUGGAGCAGUAUUAGCCGUCGAUCAGGGCGACAACAUCAUUGGGAAAAUAUCGAGAAAUGAUGUCGCUGAUCUGUGUAUUGCAUGCCUGUCUGAGCCGGCUGCCGUUGACAAAACUUUUGAGGUGAAGAGCCUUGUGCCCGUCGAGACACCAUUUGAAGUCGAUCCUAGCGCUCCUCCGCCGGAAAGAGACUUUGCACCUUUACUGGCAACUUUGGUUGAAGGUGUGACUGGGAAGAUGGAGGAGACAGUCCAGAUGGAGGUGAAAGCUGGAGUUUAGUCUCAAGGAUCUCACCAAACUCCUAUCUAGUAUCUACCACCAUUCAUCAUAUUAUCGUCUCCCCUUUUAAGCUUGAUUUCCCUCUCCCCCCUUCACCAGGCUUAUGUACGUCUCCGAGUUCUCUCUGUGUGUGUGUGAGUUCUUUCAUCGCUUAGUCUUGCAGUCAGUACUCAAAAACGAUAUGCGACAAAUUGCCGACAAUUUAGAAUUCCCUGUCUAUUUAUGGCCAGAUGGACAAAUUGCCGACAUUUCCAAAGUCUCAGCUCCCCCAUCCGUUGUAUUAUGCCAUAUGGUGUUGUUGUUCUAAAAUUGUAAAUUGUAAAUUGUAGUUAUUAUAAAUUCCCUACAGAAUCUAUACGUUUCUCGGCCUUUUGGCUAAAAGUAGAUCGAGUGUAGUAUCUGUUAUCUGAUAUGUUUAAUAUCCGAUCCGUGGAAAAAAAAGUGUUUGAGCUGGUGUGUAAUUCCAAGUUGAUUGAUAAACAUCCAGUUUCAUCGGACUUUGAAGUUCGACACAGCCGUGCAUUUGAAUGAAAGGAAUAUGACAGU